AUGUCCAGCGCAACCCGAUGUUUGAGUUCGUCACUACGCGUAGCGACCUCCGCCCAUUCUAGCUCGUCUUUGGCAUGUGGCCGGGCGUUGACACUCGGAACGAGAUCUUAUGGCCAGGCUGCUGUUGAACAACAAGAUCCCUCACGGAAACAGUCAAAUUCGAUACCGCGGAGGAUACCAGCGGUAAAAUUCGCAUCAAAACUCUGGAGACAGCACGGCCCACGGUCCCCAAACGAGGCACCUCAAACAUCAAAGAGCGCAGAAUCCCAAGAGUCGCAGGUGCCACCUCAUUUUGCGGAAUAUAUGAACCGAAUAUUUUCUCCUCUACAAUUUCCCCCCGAGCUGGCGCAACGCGUGUUAACUCACAACAGUCAUGCCUUGGCAAGGAGAGGCCAUAACGCUGGUUUGAGCUUCAUAGGUCGCCGUGUGCUUUCGACAUAUCUUCUUUUUUUCCUCGAAUCAAGUUCAAACCUGACGCCAUCACAUAACACCGAAGAAAUCAUAUCCACCACUCUUCACACCAACCUUUUAGGGGAACACGUCGGACAUGCAUGGGGUGUUGGAAAAGUGUUGAUAUGGCAGCCAGCAGCUCCUCUGCACGACCUCUCUCCUUUGAAUGCAACAGCACUUCGGGGGGCUGGGCUGUACAAGGUUCAAGGGGAGGCCGUUCAGGCUAUGAUUGGUGCAAUCUACCAGCAACAUGGAGCUGCUGCAGCGUUAAAUGUGUUCCAUUCGCAUUUGCUACCACUCCUGCGAGUCAAGGGUGGGCUACCUGCGGCAUUCCACCAGGAUGUCCGUAUGGUCUCCAGGAAAAUCAGACAAACUCAGCAGAUUGAAGCUGCCGAGGCUGAGACACCAGUCAAAGUAGAAACAUAG